GGGCCUCCAUGACGGCGCGAGCGCUCCCCCGCCAGCCAUGUACUUCGCCGUCGGCAAACCACGGCGGCUUCUCUUCCCCUUCGCCAGCGACGAGAGUCCUCACUUCGUGGCGGCCGACCGCGAGCGGCUGCUGCUGGCCGCGUUGUCACGGUCGCAGCUGUCCGUGUGGUUCGCCAGGCCCAGCGUGUUGGUCGUGAGCCGGCGCUCGUCCCUCAAGGCGCUCGCUCAGCUGGGCGCGUACGAGCGAGCGGCGUGGAAGGUGGACAGCAGCUGCAUCGCCGUGACGACGGGACGGGGCUAUGUGCUGCUGUUCGACGUGCUGCUGGUGGGAGGGGAGGAGAACAGCCUCUACCUGGCUGUCGACCACAGGGGCAGCCCGGUGCGGAGGGGCGUCCCGGGCUACAAGGACGAGCAGCGCGUGCCGGCGCUGUCCCUGGAGCUCGGCCGUGUGCUCGACAUCCAGGCCUCCAUCUCCUGCCUCAUCUCACUGCCCGAUGACAUCAUUGCCACGACAACGGAUGGCAAGCUGCACCAUCUGCGCUGGGACGGGUUGACCAAUGGGAGGAAGGCGCUCGACCUUUGCACUGUGCCCUUUGCGGUCGACCUCCAGUCGGCUGCCGGAGCGCCGCUGCCGCCGCGCCCAGUGAGCGUGCGGGACAUGGCCUUCUGCCAGACGCUCGGUGGCUUUGCGGUGGUCCUCUCCGACGGACGCGCCGGCUUCAUCACCGCCGCCGACUCCUGCACGGACCAGGUGCUGGGCGUGUGGGCGCCCGACGUGGCGGACGGGAGCUGUGUGGCCGCCAACAACAAGUACCGCCUGCUCGCCUUCGGCUGCCGCAGUGGCUGCGUGCUGGUCUACGCCAUGGACACGGUGGCCGGGGCGCUGCAGCUGUCCCAUCGGCUGGAGCUCACGGCCAAAGACUACCCCGACAUGUGCAAGCGGACGGGCGCCGUGCAGAACGUGCGCUGGAGUCCCGACUGGACGGUGCUCGUGCUGAGCUGGGAGCGUGGAGGCCUCUCGGCGUGGAGCGCCUUCGGAGCGCCGCUGCUGUGCACCCUCGCUGCCGACUUCGGAUUCCAUCCCGAUGGAAGCCGGAAAGAACCAUUAAAAAUCAGCUCUAUGAGCUGGGGCCCUGAGGGUUACACCCUGUGGGUGCUCACGCCGCCCCCUGACGCAGGAAGUGACGUCAGCGACGGGGCAGGAAGUAAAGAGGAUUGUGGGUACCAGGCGGAGCUGCUGAUCCUGCACUUUGUGAAGAGUGCGCUGGCCCUGCACCCGUGUGUGAGCAAUCAGGAGCAGGUGUUGCUGCAGGGCGACGAUCGGCUCUACCUGAGCUGUGGAGAGCCCCCCACGUCCAGGCCUCACACUCCAAGCCCCCCCUUCCUACUGGGACACAGACACUGGCACAUAGUGCAGAUCCACAACUCUUACCUGGACAACAACUGGCCCAUUCGGCACGCCGCUAUGGACGCCCAGGGCCAGUGCGUGGCCGUGUCGGGCCGUGCCGGACUCGCCCACUACUCGCUCUACACCCGCAAGUGGAAGCUCUUCGGCAACAUCACCCAGGAGCAAAGCAUGGCGGUGACGGGCGGCCUGGUGUGGUGGGAGGACUUCAUCGUGGCCGCCUGCCACAACCUUGCCGAGGGGCAGGACGAGCUGCGUGUGUAUCCGCGCGCCUCCAACCUGGACAACGCGCACGCCCACGUGCAGCGGCUGCCGGCGCCGCCGCUGCUGCUGGGCGGCUCCCGCGGGCGCCUCCUCCUCUUCUGCUCCGACCGGCAGCUCCACGUCUACAGCGUGGAGCGCAGCCCCCUCGACGUGCCGCACCCCGGCGUGACGCUGCGCGCCCUGCAGAGGGUCUCCCUGCAGGCCCACGUGCCCCACCCGGGCCUCGUGGUGUCGGUGGCCCUCACCAGCAUGCGCUCUGAGAAGACGCUCUCCUCCCUGAGGCCCGCACAGCAGGCGUGUGCGGGAGACAGCGUGCUGCUGAACGUCGCCGGGCAGCUGCUCAUGCUGCAGAGAGAUCGCUCGGGGCCGCAGCCCCUGGACGUGAGCGACGAUCCCACCUCCUCAUCCACCUCCUCAUCCACCUCCUCGGCAGCGUCCCUCGCACGCAAGAACCCGUCGUUCUGCGCGCCGGUGGUCCUCGCCGAGUGCGUGGAGAUCACGUGGACGACCGGGCACUCCGCUCCCAGGUCACAACCACAUCAACCGCAGCAGCAGCAGCAGCAGCAUGGCCCGGCCACAGAGGUGCUGUGGUUAGGCUGCGGCCGCUCCGGCAUGAAGGUGUGGCUCCCCCUGUCGCCGGCCGCCUCGGACGGCGGCUGGCCCACCGGCCCCCUUCACGGCUACAACCACAACCUCAACCACGGCCACCACCACCAGGAGCAGCAGCACCAGCAGCAGCAGCAUCACGCGGGCAGCGUGUUCCAGCACGCGUUCAUGUCGCGCCGCAUCAUGCUGCCGUUCCCCGUGCCGGCGCUCUACCCGCUCACGGUGCUGGCCGAGCACGGCCUGGUACUGGGGGUCACCACCGAGACGCUGCCGGGGUCCUCGUCGGCCGCGGGGGGGGGCGGCGGCGGCGGCGGCAGCGUGGCCGACCUGCUGCCGUUCUGCGUGGCGGAGCGAGCGUCGCAGCUCUACCUCCCGGCCGUGCUGCGGGGACUACUGGCGCGGAAUCUCGGCGACGCGGCGGUGUGGCUGGCGCGCGGCUGCUCCUCGCUGCCGUACUUCCGGCACGCGCUGGAGUCGGCGCUGCACGCGGUGCUCGAGGAGGAGGCGAUGGCGCGCUCCCCCGUGCCGGACCCCCUGCUGCCGGCGCUCGCCAAAUUCGCGGCGGCCUUCCCGGGCUUCCUGCGCACGGUCGCUCACUGCGCCCGCAAGUCCGAGGUGGCGCUGUGGCCCUGCCUGUUCGCCGCCGUGGGCAGCCCCAAGCAGCUGUUCGAGGAGUGCCUGGUGGCGCGAGACCUCGAGACCGCCGCUUCUUACCUCAUCAUCCUGCAGAACAUGGAGGCUCCGGCGUUGAGCCGCCAGCACGCGACGCUGCUCUUCAACUCGGCGCUGGACGAGGGCCGCUGGGACCUGUGCCGCAACAUGAUCCGCUUCCUGCGCGCCAUCGGCACCGGGGGUGACGACGACGGCGGCGCCGGCGGCGGCGGCGCCGGGGGAGGAGGAGGGGGGGGCAGCGGCGGCGGCGGUGGCGGCGCGGCGCCGGUCACGCCGCCCGGAUCCGAGUCCGGCGCCACCUCCUCGUCCGGCUUCGAGUUCUUCCGCCAUCGCAGCAUCAGCCUCUCGCAGCCGCCCGACGGAGCGCUGUUCGCCGCGCCGGCGGGAUCGGCCGCGGGUGGGGCAGCGGCCAGAGAGGGCAGCGCCAGCGGGGGCAGCGCAGCCUCGGGCACGCGGGGCGGGCCGCUGCACAAGGCCCUGAGCGUGCCGGACGGCCACGUCCCCAAACGCGCCGCCGCGGCGCGGGCGGAGGCUUCGGCGGUCUUGCCGGGCGCCGGGUGCUCCCCGGAGGACGUCUUCCUGGACGCCAUGCUGGCGCGCCACGCCCGCCGCCUGCUGGAGGGCGCCCGCGUGCGCCAGCUGGGCCGCUUCGCCGCCCGCCUCUCCUUCCCGCUCGUGGCGUGGCUCCGCAAGGAGCGCCACCGCGCCGCCCGGCCCGCCGACCCCGUGUCGGCGCUUCGCGGCCUCCACCGGGACUUCCGGCGCCCUCUGCCGCCGACGCCGACGACGACGCCGGUCGUGCCGGGCGCCAGCGUGCCGACGGACUUGAGGCCGUCACGCCACGGGACCGCCGUGAAGGCUGGGCACCACGCAGCGCCAUCCGGGCGAACGUCAUCCGAUGCUGCCGCCUGGCUCGCCAAUCCCCCGUCACCCCUCUUCCUGCCUGCCGAUGACCCCGCCGUCACCCACGAUGCACUGCUCCGGGCCGCCCCCUCUCCGCCGCACGGCCCCACGUUUACCCACGAGGCCGUGCUGCAUCCUCUCCCCAAGAAAGGGGACGAGUGCAGCCUGGGCUCUGCCACAGACGCCACGGAGAGCAGCUCCCUGGGAGACGCCGAGUGGGGCCUCCUGGACGAGUCGGGAGCCGAGACCGCCUCCGACCCACGCUUGAACAGUGGCGGCGGAGGGGCGCCCCCCGAACCGACGGGCAGAGCGGCCGAGAGGGCGGCCACGCAGCUGCGGUACCUGCUGCACGUGUUUGCCGAGGCCGGCUGCCCCGAGUGGUGCCUGCUGCUGGCUCUGGUGCUGCGCGACGCCGGCGCCGUGCGGGCGGCGGUGGCGGCGGUGGCGCGGGCGCCUGGAAUGGGGGAGCCGGGAGGGGGGGGCCCGGGCGGUGGGGGGCCUUCCGACGCGGCGGCCAGACUGGCGGAGGUGGUGGCAAGCGUGGAGCGAUGGGCGGCGCAGUGCUGCCCCGGCUACAAGGCCUUCCUCUCGCAGCUGCAGCCCGAGCUGCAGGCUCUGUCGGCGCUCGCCGAUUCCUGGGGGGGCGGCGGCAUCGCCGCGGCGUCCGGCGGCGCGGCUGGAUUCGGCUCGCCGGCGGCGUCGACGGCGGCGUUGGACGCGUGCAACGCCGCACGGAGCCCGUACCACGAGGGACCGCGAGCGUCGGGCGGCCGCGCCGGCAAUGCCGCCGCCGCCGUGCCCACACCGACACCCUCUCGCCCACGCGAUGCCGGUGCCGCCUCGAUCGCCCCGGCGACGAUCGCCACGGCGGGUGGCGGCGGCGGCGACGGCGUGGAAAGGGACGCCACGGCCGCCGCGUCCCCCGUCUCGCCGUGCUCUCCCUCGCCGCCGUUGUUGUCGCUGUCGUCUUCCUCCUCCUUCGCCGCCUCCUCCCCGUCGUCGUCGUUCCCCCCGGAGGGUGCGGGUGCCGAGGACCCGGCGGGCGCCGUCGCCGGGGCGAGCGCGGAGACGGCGGCGGAAGCCGGGACGGAGGACGACGGGACGGCGAAGGGCGGUGAGGCGGAGGAGUACGCCUGCCGCAUCGCGUGAAGCGGUCGAGGUGGGGGGGGGCGGUGGGGCGGAGGUCUCCCCACCCCCCCCCCCGCACCAACCACCGGGACGACGCCUGUGAGAGAGACACGACGAGGAAAGACGGUGGUCGCGACAACGACGUCCGACGUCCUACGCCUCCUCACCGUGGCCACGGAUGUGUUAGCGUCUCUGCUGAGCCACCCGUGCGGAGACUUUGGGAAGUGGGGGGGGGGUCUCGAUUUUUUUCUCACCUCCGAAGUGUUUCAUCCGACUGCGGCGGUCCAAGCGACGGCGGUCCUCGCGAGAGACUGUGUGUGUGUGUCGCGGAACGAUGCAAUUAAAAUAAGCUGAGCGGAGCCGAGGUUUUUUUUUGUCCGGCGAACGCGCACGCCGGCAGACAGACGAGGGAACUGACCACAGCCUCACCCGAGCGUCGUCUUCGACCGCGCGAUCUUCCUGAAGCGGUGGGAAUGGAGCGUGUGGCGGGAGAACUGCUGCAGAUUUGUGCGUCCCCCCCGCCCCCAUCGCUCCCUCGUUGUCGUGAAUCCACGCCAUUGGUCUAGAAGCGAGCAUGUGACUAGAAAUGCUCUGACCAAUCGCGAUGCUCGCACUCGUGUUGCGCGUGGCAAAGUGUUACGGUCGCGUUCGCUUGAGAACGGUUUGGUUUUUGUGGCCGUCUGUGUGAUUUAAAAACUAAACGAUUUUUUUAUUUUACCGGGUGAGGUCCACCGAGCAAGCUGGCCACAAAUUGAUUGCUCAACGAGAAGUGGCUUAUCCGUCAUCGCGUGGAAAUUCAAAGCGGCAGCCAAAUACUCUAAAACGCGUGACGUCGAUGCUAAAUGAGGGAGAAAACAAGCGAGAGGACCCCGGAGAAAAAUCCACGCGACCACCACGGGGAGAGAGAGACACGCCGACUCCAAAUAUACAGCAGGGAUCGAACCCACGACCUCCUAUAUACCAGGCGAGGUAGUUAACAUCUCCUAGUCACCGUGAUGAUGAUGAGAGAGGGAGAGACACGCAGACUCUAAAUAUACAGCAGGCUUCUUCGGGGUCGGGAUCGAAUCCACGAACCUCCUCCAUACCAGGCGUGGGAGUUAACAUCCACGCCACCGCGGCAAUUGAUACUCCGGUGCACCCACGGCGAUUCCGGCCUACCGUGCCGGCCCCGCCAAAGGUCAGACAACGGCCCCCGAUCGUCGCAGUGAAACCCGAUUUGUUGUUCCGCAUCACUCCGUGCGACAUCACUUCCUGUGAUGCCCCCGUAUGAGCGGACGGGGGAGGGGCGGGGCGGUAUCAAGCUGCCUCCGCACCCGAGCAAUCGGUUGCGCGCACGCGCAACCGUGGUUUGUGCUUAUAUGCCGGACGUCUUCGCAACCGGUUGCCGAGCGGUUUGAGACGGCCUCUACGACGAGAGCGCCGAUCCGUCUGCCCGGCGAUUUGCAGCCAGCGGAGGCUUUUUUUUUGUCCGUAAUCGAGGGUGGGAGAGCGCCGUUUUAGGAUUUGUCGAGGGUCCGAUCGGUUGCGCAACCCAUAGAUGGAUCGGGCGGGCGUAGGACCCGGCUCGGGAUCUACCGAGCGUGGCUUAUUGCGUUCCUGCCGGUGCGAGUUUCUGGAUCGCCGGUCACGGUUGACAUCCCCCAAUAUCGUCAUCGAUAACAUCGUCCUCGAUUAAUGGUACCGAGUGAGCAGCGGCCCACUGACGUCUACAGAACUCCUCACGUGGAGUUCCGGCGACGGCGGCGAUAACAAAACCGAUUGAGACGCCCGCUGCCGACGGCGACGGAGCAGCGUUUUGUUGGCGUAACCGAGACGUCGUGACGUGUUUAAACGCAAUAAUGGGAAACAUUUAUUUUGACGAAAGAAAAAAAAGGAAUCGCUGCGUCGGAAGUUGCAAUAUCGUCGGAGUGGUGCCCAUUGCUGAACGGGUAAACGCAUAUAAAUAUAUUUUAAAUAACGGAUGGAGAAAAUAAAAAAAACUAAGUUGCGAGUACGAUUCUUGAUCGAGAAACGCCAGCGCGCGUCACGACUAAAGCGGCAAGAGAGUUGAGCAAGACAAAAAAUUAAAUAUAUAUUUCUACAAAGUCAAACGAAAGGUUACGACGAAAGCAUUAGACGGUGGCCAAUGCACAUUAAGAACAUGUUACAUUAACGGGAAACGGGAAUAACCUUUCGCGAGCAAAAGCACGCAUAUAUAUUUUUCGAAAUAAAUUCAGCCAAAAGGUACCGCUCGGAACGGUAAUCGACUUAGCAAUUAUUAACCAGCGCAAGUAUUAAAUACUAAAGAAUAUCUAACAAUCCUGAUCACCCUCAUCGUCGUCAUCAACAUCACCGUCAUCAAUUUCAUCACUCUCGUCAUCAGUAUCAACGUCAUCAAUAUCAUUGUCAAUAUCAUUGUCAGUAUCAUCGUCGUCAUCAAUAUCAUUGUCAGUAUCAUCGUCGUCAUCAAUAUCAUUGUCAAUAUCAUUGUCAUCGUCAAUUUUGUUGGCGGUAUCGUCAUCGUCAAUAUCAUUGUCAAUAUCAUUGUCAUCGUCAAUUUUGUUGGCGGUAUCAUCAUCGUCAAUAUCAUUGUCAAUAUCGUCAUCAAUAUCAUCAAUAUCGUCGUCCUUGACUAACAGUCCCGAGGCGAGCAGCCCGCUGAGGUCUCGAGAUCUCCUUGGGUGGAACUUCACUUGGCCCGCCGUUCACAGCGAGGCAAGUCGGGCGGCGACAAGUUGCUUCGGUUGUUUUCAGAAAUCUUUGCUGCAUCCUGGAGGGAAUUCAUCUUGGAGGAAUCCAAUGAGCUACGAAGCUUUUUUCCGUAACAGGUGUCCAGUUAGGGGGUUUGAGGAGGGGGGGGGUUAGCAAGGGUUACCAUAUCCCGAGGAACGCGUUCCUGCCGUUGCUGCUUGUCAACUAGACGAUCUGUCCUUUAAACGCCCGGCUUGUCCCGUGUUUUUCUACGGCCAGCACAUAAAUCGGACCGUUCUGCCGCCCGCUCAUUUGUUCUCCGCCCACCCCUCCCCUCUGUGGUCCUCUGCGACCUCCUUGUUGUUGUACCCUCCUCCUGCUCCUCGCCUCUCUCUCCGCGGCGUCCAGCAAGACGCGAAACUUUGCUUUCACUUAUCUCGCCCGCCGCCCCACAAAGCUCGACGCCACAGACCGCGACGCGCCUCCAGACGGCGCACAGAGACCCAUAGACUCGCACAGAGACCCAUAGACUCGCACAGAGACCCAUAGACUCGCACAGAGACCCAUAGACUCGCACAGAGACCCAUAGACUCGCACAGACCCCAUCGACUCGCACAGACCCCCAUAGACUCGCACAGACCCCCAUAGACUCAAAGAGACCCAUAGACUCACACAGACCCCAUAGACUCACACACAGAGACCCAUAAACUCGCACAGAGACCCCCAUAGACUCGCACAGACACCCAUAAACUCACAGAGACCCCCAUAGACUUGCACAGCCCCAUAGACUCGCACAGACCCAUAGACUCACACAGACCCAUAGACUCGCACAGACCCAUAGACUCGCACAGAUGACCCAUAGACUUGCACAGAGACCCAUAGACUUACAUAGACCCAUUUCUUCAAAACUGCUUUUUGUCUUUAAUUUGUUGUCGUCCCCCGCACCUCCGAUGGGCACGGUUGGCUAUGUAUGGUGGUGCGAAAUCAGUUCAACAUGCGGUACAAUUGCUGAAAACCUUAACCAAUCGUAACCAAUCAUACCAGCCUCUCCGCUGCUCUUAACAAUUCCUAAACUUCUCCCUUGCCGGUGACCCCAUCACCGAAUCGCGAGCCUCCCUGCUCACCUUUGGUUCACUAAUUGGUCUUUGUUGUAAAUAAAUUCAAAUCUUUCCUACGCCGCCGAUCUCGUUGUAGGAUUGGUGGGGAGUAGGGGGGGUGGGUGCAUCAUCUAGCAGUGGAUUGACAAAGCGAUGUGGCUUGGUUGCAGUUGAAGCUGAGCAAUCGUGUCCUGAAGUUUCACCCGAACCGCUGUCUCACAGGGCCAGACGAUGGCCCUCUCGAAUUCUGAAGGUUUUCCGAACAAAGUUGAGACUCGCGAAGGGGUCUUUAGCGCAAAGAGAACUCCCCGAAUCGGAGGAAGUGAGACGUUGUGUGAAGAUGUAUCGGCAUGGGGCAAUAAUAACAGGAGCGGUGAACGGCAAGUCCUCGUUUAACGUGGCGGUGGCGGUAGACGCGUUCGUGAAGAGCGCCGUGUCCAGCGGAAACGGUUUCUCCCCGUAAAUAAUGCGGUCACGGUGAAGUCUGGCGAGACACGGUGCACCACAGCCACCACCACUACGCACACCGGCGGGAUAAAUGACCGAGGGCACGCCACCACCACCGCGUUACCGUAUCGCUGUACCGCUGGGCCGCGCAAGGUCAAGAAAGUAGUUGGUCGUCGACCGCUCGGAAACUCGCUCGUUCCACGUUAUAACGGUGGUGCUCGCGUGCUCCGCGUUAUAACGGCGCUCACGUUAUAACGGUGGCGCUCGCGUUAUAACGGUGGUGCUCGCGUUAUAACGGUGGUGCUCGCGUUAUAACGGUGGUGCUCGCGUGCUCAGCGUUAUAACGGUGGCGCUCGCGUUAUAACGGUGGUGCUCGCGUUAUAACGGUGGUACUCGCGUUAUAACGGUGGUGCUCGCGUGCUCAGCGUUAUAGCGGAAGCGCUCACGUUAUAACGGUGGCGCUCGCGUUAUAACGGUGGUGCUCGCGUUAUAACGGUGGUGCUCGCGUGCUCAGCGUUAUAACGGAAGCGCUCGCGUUAUAAUGGUGGCGCUCGCGUUAUAACGCUGCAUGUACCGCGCCGUGACGGUGCGCGUUCCCGCGUUACGACGGUCGUGUGCGCGUUCUGCGUUUGUGCGAAAAGUGUUCCCCAGCGGAAGGAGUCACCGCUCCGUCGCAAAACAUUCCACCGGACUGCCCCCCUCUAUCCCGUCAACCAAAAACUGUCCACGUGUUGUGUGGAUGUGUGUUCCGUACCCCCUCCUCCUCCUAUGCCUGUCCGGUCUAACGAUUUACAUUCCCUGUAUAUUUCACUGGUACCGCUUGCCGGCUCGGUGCGAUCGGGGAAAGUGUUGAAAUGCACCCCGGCACCCACGCACCGACCCGUCCACCCAAUGAAUAGCUGUCCGCAUACGCACGUGUGCGUUGUUCACCGCAGUGCGAUGACAGGUCGCGUGCGGUGGUGGGUCUCAAGUCUUCGGCACUCGUAGGCCAAUGUACAUGGCACAGCAGUGGUUCCUCGUUUUGGUUCUUUCGGUAAAGUCACCGAGAAGGGAAAUAAUAAAAUAAUAAAAAUAAUACAUUAUAAGAUAAAAUUCUCACGACGUUGCGGCCACAACGCAAGCAGCCGUCCUGGGGUGACGAACAGGGCUGUCGGAAAGACAGCGCUCCAAUGAACACUGCUAAGCUUGGCAGCGUAUUUUUAAGCUUCAAAAUCGCCAGCUUAAAAAUACGCUGCCAAGCUUAGCAGUGUUCAUUAGGACGCUGUCUUUCCGACAGCCCUGUUCUUCACCUGAGGACGAGUGCUUGCGUUGUGGCCGAGAGAAUUUUAUCUUAUUAUGUUUUAUUUAUAUUAAUUUAUUAUUUCCCUUCUACGUGACUUUACCGAAAGAACCAAGAAUAUGAAUCCAUGCAGUCACGAAAGCUUUAAAUCGAAAUCUACAGCUGUGGUUCUUAACGCAUUUUAACAGAGGGUGACACUUUCGAUAACACGCGAAAUGGUUUAGAUCUUAAGUGUUCGUGACUGUAAUGUUCCAUAGCCUUUAGUUCUUUCGGUAAAGUCACGUAGGUAUAAAAUAAAAUACAAUAAAAAAAAUUUAAUAAAAAAAAUAAAACAAUUAUUUUCUACCCACGUCACUUUACCGAAAGAACUAAAGAGUAUGGAACACUCGUAAAUGUGUCGUUAAACCCGCCACCACCCGACAGCCGAUCGGUGACGGGUUCUUGUCACCUGAAGGAAACGUGGCCAAUUCGUUACUCGUUCAGCAACACACUGCUUGUGUGUGUUGGAGAGCAGCACCCACGACACACACUCAUCAUGAUGAUGAUGGUAAUGUCAUUUUAGCGUCAUUAAUGCAAUUGCCAUCCCACAACGCUGCGACAUCAAUUGGCCCGGUCCCCUUACGCCGCAGACGAUGCAAAAAACAAAACGGCUCCCCACUAGUUCGCAAGUCAGAAACUAAAAAAAGAUGAAGAUAUAAUUAAAGAGAGAGAAGAGAAAAAAUGCACAUGAGAAAAAACACAUCGCAGAGAAAAUGUGUGUUUUUUUAUAAAUCACUAAAUCUGUUCGGUCUCCAUAACCCCAGGCCACAAUCCCGAACAUUUCGCCGGAUUUUGGAGAAACCUUCACAGGAGACGUGGUGGCGGUGGAGUUGCUGUGUGACGUUUCGCCGGUGAUUAACAACAUCAUCAACAACAGCAACCAGCCUCGUCAGGCGGACGGCACAGAGGUGUGGAGAAUUCCUCCUCCCCUGUUUCGCUCUUAAAUAGACGGGGGGUGGUGGGGCGGUGGUGUGACUCGAUGUCACUUGUGAGCCAGUCAAGGCGAUGCGAGUA